UGAGGCGGAGGGAUCCCUCUGGAAUGUUUCCGUCGGGUCCACCCGAAGCGGGAGGCGCGGAUUGGCCGCGAGCUCCGGAAGACAGCCGCUAAUUGGUCUUCCGCGGGCGUCGGCCCCGCCCCCCUAGGCGCCACUGCGGGAGAGGCCCAGGCAGGAGUUUGCGGAGGGCCGAGCCGGGUGCGCGCGGGGAGGCGGUGGCGGCGGCGCAGGGCCUGGGGCACGCAGUGAGGACCAGGGCCUGGAUAAUUAUCAUCAUGAAAAACUCCACCCCAGCUAGCAUUUAUGGAGCGCUUCCGUGUCAGGCAUUUACCAUGCGGAUCAUUGAAUCAAAACACUUCAUGGGAGGUGUUGUGCCUUCUUGUAAAAAAGAUGAAGAAACUGAGGCCCUGUGAAGUGAAGUGACCUGCCCACAGCCACACAGCUGGACCAUUCUGGCUGCUGUCUGGACACGAAGUCGUGGGGGGUGAGGGUGGAAGCUGGGAAACCCACCAGGAGGCAAGAGCAGUAGUUUAGAUCUCCUGGGCGUGACCCUGCUUCUCGCUGCUCAUGCCGCUGGGACUGGGGCGGCGGAAAAAGGCGCCCCCUCUUGUGGAAAAUGAGGAGGCUGAGCCAGGCCGUGGAGGGCUGGGCGAGGAGGAGCCAGGGCCCCUGGUCGGAGGUGGGGCGGGGAGGCCCCAAAUGGGCUUGCCCCCCCCACCCCCAGCCCUGCGGCCCCGCCUCGUGUUCCACACCCAGCUGGCCCACGGCAGUCCCACUGGCCGCAUCGAGGGCUUCACCAACGUCAAGGAGCUGUACGGCAAGAUCGCUGAGGCCUUCCGCCUGCCAACUGCCGAGGUGAUGUUCUGUACCCUGAACACCCACAAAGUAGACAUGGACAAGCUCCUGGGAGGCCAGAUCGGGCUGGAGGAUUUCAUCUUCGCCCACGUGAAGGGGCAGCGCAAGGAGGUGGAGGUGUUCAAGUCAGAGGAUGCACUGGGGCUCACCAUCACGGACAACGGGGCUGGCUACGCCUUCAUCAAGCGCAUCAAGGAGGGCAGUGUGAUCGACCACAUCCACGUCAUCAGCGUGGGUGACAUGAUUGAGGCCAUCAAUGGGCAGAGCUUGCUGGGCUGCCGGCACUACGAGGUGGCCCGGCUGCUCAAGGAGCUUCCCCGAGGCCGCACCUUCACGCUGAAACUCACAGAGCCUCGAAAGGCCUUUGACAUGAUCAGCCAGCGUUCAGCGGGUGGCCGCCCUGGCUCUGGCCCACAGCUGGGCACUGGCCGAGGGACCCUGCGACUCCGAUCCCGGGGCCCCGCCACGGUGGAGGAUCUGCCCUCUGCCUUUGAGGAGAAGGCCAUUGAGAAGGUGGAUGACCUGCUGGAGAGUUACAUGGGUAUCAGGGACACAGAGUUGGCGGCCACCAUGGUGGAGCUGGGAAAGGAUAAAAGGAACCCGGAUGAGCUGGCCGAGGCCCUGGAUGAACGGCUGGGGGACUUUGCCUUCCCCGAUGAGUUUGUCUUUGACGUCUGGGGCGCCAUUGGGGACGCCAAAGUCGGCCGCUACUAGGACCUCCUCCGGACCGACCCUGAGAUGAUGAUGACCUGGGCCCAACUUGGUGGGAGCCCCCCGGCAGGGCCACCAAUGUCAGGACCCGAACCUCUGACCUGAGCCUAGCUCAGCAGCCCCAGGACGAUGGGGAGGGGAGGUGGGGCCGGGCCCCCCACCCCACUCCACUUGGUACCAUCCCCUCCCCGGUUCUCAGUCUGGCCGGGGUUCCCGGCCCCCCUGUGCCCUGUUCCCACCUACCUCAGCCGGGUCAGGCACGGGGAGGGGAGGGACGGGUCACAUUGGGUGGCCACCCCCACCUCCUCCACUUUCCACCAUCAGCUGCCAAACUGGUCCCUCUGUCUCCCUGGAGCCUUGGGUUCUGUUUGGGGGUCAUGGCCUUCCUAGUUUCCUGACGCAGGGAAUACAGGGAAGGGGGCUGUCGCUCCCCCCAGCAAAUGCAAUAAUGCCCUCGCCCCUCCCGAGAGAAGCACCCUCCCCAUGGAGUCUGUAACCUCCGCAUCUGACAGGAGUCUGCUGUGAACCCCCCCAACCUCCUCCCCACAUCCCAUCUCUCCCUCCAGGCCCAUCCCUGGCCCAGAGCAGGAGGGAGGGAGGGACGAUGGCAGUGGGCUUUUGUAUCUGAAUUUGCUGUCUUGAACAUAAAGAAUCUCUCUGCUGUU